AUGGACCUAGUGGACAAUCCUGACCACUCCGUACUCGCAAUGCUCGCCCUCUGUCUGCCCUUGAUUUAUGCUGCCAAUGAGAAAUUUUCUCGAUCACUACGCUACAAUAUUGAACAGCCCUUUGAUUCUACAGAUGAUCAAGAUAAUCACUUUGCUGCACUCGCCAAGAUCAUAUCUCCCGGAUGA